CUGGCUGCCCGUCAGUAAACACCUCGUGUCGCCAAAACUAAAAUCACCCCGAAACACACCAAAAAGCCCCACCAAUUACCUCCCAAUCACACCAAAAAAUCAUCCCGCACCCCCAAAAUCCAAAAUCAUCCCCGAAACAAGUAAUAAAUCGCGAGUGUUGAAAGUCCAGUGAUCUCGAUCCGCAAAAAAGGAGCGAAAACCCAAACAAUAAAAAGAGAGAAAAAAAAAAAGAACGAGUGAGCCUUCGGAGUGUUCAGUUGAGUUCUGUUCUCAUCGGCGUGGUAAAGUGGGCGGUUGCAGGGGCCGGGGGGUGGAUGGUGUGUUAAGGGGAAGAGAAGGGGGAGAGGGCGAUCAGGGAGGCUCUACUUUACCACUAAAGUGUCAACGGCAAGUUGACCCCUCGAUAAAACCCCCAAAAUACAUUAACUCCAGAGUAAGGUGAGAUAAAUUCCACGAAUGUCCCCAUCAGGUAUAAACGAACACCGGAAAAAUAAAAUUUUGAAUGUGUGUACUUAAUUGUUGUGGUACGCUCCGAGUGGCGGCCACAAAUGAGAGAAUAUCGAGUAAUCCAAAUAAACCGAUAAAAUGUCAAACACAUCGCCGUCACAACAUGUGAACGGUGAUAACAAUAAUACUGAGAUACUCGAUUACAUUGAUUUCACGGAUAUAGAUGACAAUAAUCCAUCGCACAGUGGUACAACAGUGCAAAUAGACAAUAUCAAUUGUGAUUACACUGAAUCGCUGUCAUCGUUGUCGUCGUCAUCGUCGUCUAUAACUAAUAUAAAUAAUUGUAGAUUGACAAAUAAAGCGGCAACUGCCGCCUACAACAUGGUAGCGGCGAUGAACGAACACUUGUCGUCCUCGUCGACGACUAAUAAUACUAGAAAAAAUCUUCACACCAGUGAUUUUACGAGUGCAUGCCAGGAUAUUGAUAACGAGGACGUUAAACCACCACCACCUGGUAUACUGACAUUUCCCUGUGAUUUUGAUCACAUGUACGCAAGUAUGACUGACAGUGGUACGAAGAAUAAUGCACAGACUGUUGUUACGGGUAAUGCUAUUGGGGUUAGUCCAUUGAGGGGUAAUGAACCGAGAAAUAAUGAUCCUGGUGAGGUGAAGCAUCUCAAGGAGCUGUUGUUACUUCAUUUGGAUCUUAUUCAGCAACAAUCCGAACAGAUUGUUACCAAGGAUAAAUUGCUCAGUGCUUUGAGACAAGAGAAUGAGACGCUCAAACUGCGACUGGAGCGAAUGGAUCGCAGAGUUAACCUCCAGAAGUUGAGGUCAGAGUCGACUGAAAAUUCAGUGGCAUCAGAUAAUACUGGACCCUGUUCACCACCAAAUUUGCACUCUGUAAGUCUAGUACCUGGGGAGACUGUGAGGAGUCAGUCUGAGGACAGUGGACCCCAGUUCAAUGAGACAUUCAAGAUAAGAUUGAAUACCAGUGGAGGGAUAACGACAGUCAAGCAGGAGCCCAUUGACAGGGAGUCAAAAGAGGAUAAGGAAAUAAUUGGUGCUGAGGUGAGGCUCGAUUGGGAGGGGAAGAAGAAGAGGAGAUCUGAUUCCUCUGGCAUCAACAGCUCCAGCAAGAGGAAACGAGGUCUCUCGUGUUCAUCCACCAUCAGCAACUCCUCGUCGAAUCUUCAGGAGGGUAAGGGUGGGGAGAGCAGGAAGGGUGAUAAAAAGGGCAAGGCCAUUGUCAAGAAGGAGAGCUUUCUCACAACUGAGGAGCAUUACUACACUGCUGUUGGGGAUCCUAAUUUUGGUAUGUGUGUCAAACCUGCCAAGAGCGAGGAGGAGGAGGAGAGAGACAAUCUUGAAGUGCCCAACUGGAGGGUCAAGGUCUACACCAGCUGUUACACUAUGGAGGGCACUGAGAAUUUGGAUGAUGAGAUUUUUAACAAACGACAUCAUAAACUCGAGAACGAUGAGAGGAGAAGAAAACGAUGGGAUGUACAGAGGAUAAGGGAGCAGAGGCAUAUUGAGAAGCUCAAACAGAGACAAGAGCGACAGAAUCAUCAGGCAACUUGUUACAAUACUAAUCACACCGGCCCUUGUCCAUCAACCGCUGAGGAGGAGACCAUUACGACUCUGUGGCCUGAAAUCGAUCAAAUUCAAAGUCUUCAAGUAGAUCCACAAUUGCCUGUCUCAGCGUUUGGGGCAUCUAUUCCUAGUUUUACUCCCAUGGAAUUUUCAUUACCCUGGUUACACACAGCCAGAAUGAAGGGGCGUAGGCAGAAAAGAUCAUCCUCAGGCAGAAGAAAAUCUAGAAGAUAAGUACAAUAGAUUGAGCGGCGGAUCUUUUUAAUUAAUUCCUAAAUUCUCUUUUUUUUUCAAUUAAAAAUGGAAACGGUUGUUGGAGUUCAGUCGUUUUAUUCCCCUCCAACUGUGCAAGAAGAGCACCAAAGAUAUUUUUUUAUACUUCAACCUUACUUUCCCCCCCGUUUUAGAUAUGAGGAUAGAAAAGAGACGUUGAAAAUGUUUUGUUAUGAUUUUUACGCCUUUUUCAACGGUCAUAAUUACAAGAUAUUAAUUUUUUAAUAAAUGUGCGCUCGACGCUGUUUUACAUGAACUUCCUGCGAUUAAUUAAAUGCGUAAAGUGUUUGAGUCAAACACAAUGAUUAAUCUCUUCCUUGAUCCAUACACGAUUAGACAUUUUUCAUAUCCAUUUUUAUUUAAUGAAAAAAAUUCCGAGGAAAUAAACAGUUGUUUUUUUUUUACGAUUGUAAAAAUAUUGUAGAUCAUUUAAGGGUACAAUGUAAGGACGAAUAGGUAUGGUGUAGAGAAUUAUUGUUUAGUGGUAGAGUGUGUUAAGCCCCUCAGAGUGAAUCGUAGUGUGAAUUGUAAUUUCAAUCAUUGUUAGUUAUCAGUCCGAUUCAUUGAUCAAUUUUCGAUAAAUGUUUUUUAUCGAAUUUACAUCACUCCUAUUUUUUACAAGACAUGAGAAAUCGCGGGGAUCGGUGAAUGAUUGAAGGAGACCAGAAUUUAAUUAUUCAGAAAAAAUUCACUAUUUCUAUUGGAACAUCCCCUAAACCAGAACGAAUAGAGGAAAAACUUUCAUAAACAUUUUUUUGGAAAUUUAACAAUUUAUUAUCAAGAGAAUAAAACGAUUUUUGAUUGUUGAUUCAUCUUUGUAAUUAGGAAUUUUAGGAGAAAUGUCAGCAACUGUUUUGUAGAAAUAUUUGUGAUUGUAAUUGAAAUUAUCUGGUCUUCAUUCUCUCAUUAAUCGCUUAAUGAGUGAACUUGAAUGAUAGAAACCCAUAAAAAUAAUAAUUAAGAGUGAUUGGGGCGUUGCUCUGGUCAUUAACAACUCUAGAUUGCUAAGGACUCUGUGAUGUAUUUUAAAACGAGAACUCAAUUUUUCGGCGAAAGGAAAAGAGGAAGAAAUACUAAACAGACCGUUCGAUUCGUCGCAGUUUAAUUCGCGCCAGUCAUUAGUGAUGCAUUCAUCGGCGUUGUCCAUGCAUUAAUCAGUCAAAUAAUCCCCCGUAAUUGUAUUUCACCAUUGAAAUUCCGUUUCAAUAAAUAGAAAAUGACAUUGUUAAAAUUAUCGAUUGACCGUCCAAUUUUGUGAAAAUUCCAUGGACUUGAUGAAUCGAGGUUUUACGAGCCUAAAGAGAGUACAAUAUGACGAUUUGUAAAUACGAAGAUUGAAGGAAUAUGUAAGAAUAAAAGAAAAUGAUUGAGUUAAA